AUGGUGCUUUCAACUUUCGACUUCCCAGUGGUGGACGUCUGGGCCAACCCCGUUGGUGAUUCAGUGUUGCCAGAAGCAAGACGCCUCUUCGAGCAGAGUCACGUAAAUCCCGAUUUAAUCGCAAGGAAACUGUCGCCGGAUGAAUUGGUGGCUAUGAUGGAUGCCGCCGGAGUGGAUCAGAUCUGCCUAACAGCUUGGUACCGUCCUGGGGUGGCUGUGUUCUCCAAUUCCGAGGUGGCAGACUACACCCGCGCUCAUCCAACCCGCAUCUUCGGCAUAGCAAGCGUUGAUCUGCUGGAUCCUGUGGCCGCUGUCGCAGAACUGGAUCACUACGUGAAGAGGGAGGGGUUUAAAGGCCUGAGAGUGGUUCCGUGGCUAUGGAAUCUACCUCCUACCGAUGCCCACUACUGGCCGUUAUAUGUCAAGUGUGUAGAGCUCGACAUUCCCUUUCUCACUCAGGUCGGGCAUACCGGGCCGCUCUGCCCGAGCGAGGUCGGCAGGCCGAUUCCGUAUAUCGACGCCGUAGCGCUAAAAUUUCCGGCGUUAAAGAUUGUUUGCGGGCACAUCGGCCACCCUUGGACAGCCGAGAUGAUAGCAGUUGCGUGGAAGCACGAGAAUGUCUUCAUCGAUACCAGCGCUCACCUGCCGAAAUACUACCCGCCUGAGCUGAUCCGGUUUGCGAACACCACAGGGCGGAAGAAGGUUAUGUUUGGGACAAACUUCCCACAACUUACUUGGACCAAAUGCGUCAGUCAAGCUGCUGAAUAUUUGAGGGAGGGGGCGGUGAUUGGCUUACGGGCUGAUUCUAUGAAGGAUUUCAUGGGCGGAAAUGCACGAAGAGUCUUCAAACUGGGCGACAGCAGCAGGAAGGUUUUGAGUGCUUCCCUUUGA